AACAAAACAAUAUGGCUGACAUUGCGCACAAGGGAAAGUGAAUCGGGCUAUGUUAGAAAAAUUUGGUAGUUAUAAAAGUCACAAUUGAAUUUUGUUGCUGACAUGAUCAUUGUACUGUUCCAUGUUCUUUAUCUCUUUGGCAAAUUUGUGUAUCAAAAUUAUCGAAGUAAUAAGCAGAAAGCGAUAAGCGAUGAUACGAUUAAUACGACGACACAAUUCAAUAUUUCUGAGAAAGAUUAUCUGAUGCGAGAUCCUGAGGCACCUCAGGAUCUUGAUAAGAAGCCUAUAAAAUUUUUCCCGCCAGCAUACGUGCAAAGAUAUGUGGCUGUCUCCGAUAUACUUAGUGAUACAAAAUACCAAGGAAAAUUACGCAAGGUUGUUGAUUUUGGAUGUGCAGAACUUGAAUUUUUGGUUUACCUAAAAAAUACAACUGGUGUAGAAGAAAUAUUAUGUGUGGAUAUUAAUAGAUCACUACUAGAAGCUCAUAAGGACAAGGCGGAGCCAUUAACAUGCGAAUAUUUACACACAAGAACUACACCUCUUGUAAUAGAAAUAUGCGAGGGUAGUGUUACUCAGAAUGACAGGAAACUAGAAAACACAGAUGCUGUAAUUUGCAUAGAAUUAAUUGAGCAUUUGUAUCCCGAUGUUCUGAUAGAUUUCACUUAUAAUAUUUUUGGAUAUAUCAAACCAAAAUUAGUAAUCAUAACAACACCAAAUGCAGAUUUUAAUGUAUUAUUUCCAAAUUUUUCUGGGUUUAGACAUUAUGAUCAUAAAUUUGAAUGGACUAGACAACAAUUCCAAGAUUGGGCGGAAAAUAUCACUUCAAGUUAUCCAGACUAUAUAGUAACAUUUGAAGGAAUUGGUAAAGGUCCAGAAGGCACAGAGCAUCUAGGAUGUAUUACUCAAAUGGCCAUUUUUAACCGCAUCGGUGAAAAACAAAUUUGUAGAAUUGGUAUUGAAAAUUUAUUUAAAACCGUGGUGAAGCAUGAAUACCCAUUUCGUAUAGACAAUCGUUCAGACGAAGAAAAAAUUAUUGAUCAGGCUACAUUUUACAUUAGACAGUUAUCAUUUCAAGACCUGGAAGAAGAAAUUCCAUUAAAAUUAUUGUUAGACAUGUUAAAAUCGUUUUAUAUUUCUGAGAAUCGAUUACAAAUCAUUUUAGAGGAAGCUGGUUGGGUAAUAGAAAAUCGUGAAUCUGGAAUGGUUGUGCUAGUACCCCCAGUCUCAAGCUAUUCUGAUCAAAGUUCAGUGGAAUAUGUUUCAUGGGAUGAUGAUUAUUUUGAAGAUGAAGAUGAUCAGAGUAGAGAGCCUGGACCACCUAUAAAUUCCAAAUUCUUGGAAGAAAAUUCUUUAGAUACAUGGGACAAUGAUAAUUGGGAUGGGGAACCGAGUAUUGUCAUCCCACAAAAUAAUUCUGUGCUUAAAGACAAUACCUAUCUCUUUGAUGAAGAAAAUGUUUUAUUAAGUACUGAAUUGGAAACGAUAAAAAAUACUGAAAUUUUUGAAGGGCAAGUUGAAAUUAGUAGUAAAGUAAACUUAGAUCCAAUACCUAGUACAGAUAAUUUCGAUGCAUUUGAAGAUAAUGUUCCAUCGUGUUUAAACGAAUCAAUAGAAUUAUGUAAUCCUUGCUUAACCACGGGACUUGAAAAUAUGAAAGAAAAUUCAUUUCUUUAUACAACAUCGAAUAUGCAAGAUGACGCUGUAUCAAGUAUUGCGAAAAAUCUUAAUCAUUCAUUAAACAUUCCACCGUAUAUGUCUGUUUCACGGGCAUCUACUUCACCUGACCCAUAUCUUUUACACGCUGUUAAACUGGACCAGCAUUUAGAAAACGAUAGUAUGUCUAAUCAAAAUAUGAGUAAUCAUUGGAUGUUAAAUAAUUCGCUGAAACCGGAAAAUAUAUCAGUAAGUAGUACUACAGAUGUAAACAUUGACCAAUGCAAGAAAACAAAAUAUAAUUUUAAUGACUGUAAUUAUUUGCACAAUAUAUAUUUACAUACAUCAUACAAAGAAGAUGAAGAUUCUGAUAUUGAACAUUUAGGUAAUAACACAAAUACGAGUAUAAAUUAUUUAAAUCAGGAUCAAGUGCAAAGUGUUCAGCAGAAUAAUAUCAAGUUAAAAGUUAAUUCUCAACUACUAGAUCAUUUGCAAUCCAGCAAUAGUGUAUUCUUUACCAGUAGUGCUGUAGUAGAAAAUCCACCAUUGUUUACCAGUUCACCAAAGAUCGAGAAUAAAGUAAAUAGCAUAGGUAAAAAGAGAAGAUCUCUUGAUUAUAAGGAACAGAAGCAUAAUAAUAAUUCAUCAGACAUAAUACAGAAAUCUCAAGUAACAAUGUCUAAUAGCAGUAAUUUAUUAAACAGUAAUGCUGCAGAACUUUUACAGAGCAAUAAUGAUAUCAAAAUAUCUACAACAACUGUUAAUUCAAGUGCAGUAGAAAAGUAUCAUAAGCAAGAUAUUUCAAUGUCUAAAGAUGACAUAAAUAUAAACAUCGAGAACGAGUUGGUAAAUAAUUCUAAUCAAGAUACGCUUUCAAGUGACGAUACUGUAACAAUAACUUCAACGUUAAAUAGCGAUAAAGAAGUGAUAGAGGAAUUGCCUGAAACAAAUUCUUUAAGUAUCAAUUACAACAUUAAGAAAGAUGAAAUAUUACAAGUAGAUGUUCCUGCCGUUGAUAAAAUUUCGCAGUCAAAUUCUUUGAUUGCAGAAAAAUUUUCAGAAGAACAAAAAGAAUUUUCUGCAAUAAAUACAAAUAAUAUACAAUCAGUAUAUUAUGAUACAAAAAUUCACCUAAGUAAUCAACAAUUAAUGAUAAAAUCAGGUUCAAAUGCAAAGACUGAAUUAAUAUCUGAAUUACAUAAUUCCUGUGAUUUAGGAAGCAUUAAAGAUGUAAAUAAUAUCGAAAUGUCUUGUAAUCAUCCCAAAGAUAUUAGUAAUUUAGAAAGUAUCCCCCAGAUAUCUAGCUUUAAUAUUGAGGGCACAAAAAACAUUGACUCAACAUCAGUAUUAAACAGUGAGAAACAACUUGAACGUGAUAGAGAGAAUUACAAAUCAAAAUGUAAAAAUAUAAAUUCGAAUAUCGUGGAAGUAGUAGAAAACAUCGAGUUGAAAUCUUCUCCAGAAACCGUGGAAACACCUCCAAGUAGUUGGUCUCCAGAAGUAAUGGAUUCCGGAUAUCCAAACACCGCUUCCACUCAAGACAUAACACCGGAAUACGAUCUAUCGAGUAUAGCACAAGAUCAUAUAUCUGAUUCCGAAUCACCAAGUAUAGCAGAAGCGCCAAGACUUGAAAUUCUCGAAAUAAUUGAAGUUGAAAAUGGUGAUCUUGCAAAUAAUAACAGGGAUGGUGAAGGUAAUAAUAUGAUGGCUGCUGAAUUAAAUGAUUUGCAAGACUUACAACCCUUUAUUCAUGUACUUGAAAAUGAUAUUGAAAAUGAGAAUGAUAUCUAUGCUUUAGAGAAUGGUUUUCCUUUAUGGUUGUUAAGAAUACUUAACAUGGCCAACCCAGUUGAUGUUGAAAUACAUAUGCCAGAUCAUAGAGAACUAAGGUUUCCAAAUAGAGCAGCUGAUAAUAAUGUAGUACACGUAAAUAUCGAACAUGAUGAAGGUUUUGAUAGCAGUUCAGAAGAAAAUAGUGAUUUAGAAAAUAAUGAAAUGAGAGAUAACGUAAAUGAUGCCAAUGAAAAUGGCCUAAUAAAUAACGUUGAAAAUAAUAAUGAAAAUGCUUUUAACAGCGAUGGUGGAAGUGAACAGUGGGUUGCAGGUAACACGUGAUACUGUUAAAAUGCGAAUAUAGAUUUCACAUAUCGUAUUACAAUAUGUUUGCAGAAUCUAAAAAUAUAAAUUUGAAGGUAAUUGUUUUUCAACAAUAUCCUUUUUUUAAUGAAUGUUUUUUUUUUUGUAUCUACUUGUCAUAAUAAUUCAACAACUUUAUUAAGAAAAGCACAUUCUUUU